CCUGAGCCUCGCCAGAUUGACAGCCAGACUGACAGCCGGACGGACAGCCAUGGCCGCAACGAAUGGCACGGUGGACAACGGGCAGCCGGACGGGAAGAUGCCCCCCUUGCCAAGUCCCCUCCGCGACCUGGAAAUCCAGCACACCAAGAUAUUUAUUAACAAUGAGUGGCAUGAAUCCAAGAGUGGAAAGAAGUUUCCAACGUACAAUCCAUCAACUGUGGAAAAAAUAUGUGAAGUCGAAGAAGGAGACAAGGCUGAUGUAGAUAAGGCAGUGGAGGCAGCGAAAGCAGCAUUCCAGAGGGGAUCUCUAUGGAGACAAAUGGACGCCUUGAGCAGAGGCAGACUCCUGCAUAAACUGGCCGACCUCAUUGAGAGGGACAGGAUCAUCCUGGCAACUCUGGAAACAAUGGACACAGGAAAGCCUUUCCUUCAUGCUUUCUUCAUCGACCUAGAGGGCUGUAUAAAAACACUAAGAUACUACGCUGGAUGGGCUGACAAGGUCCAGGGAAGGACUAUACCUGCUGAUGAAAAUGUUGUGUGUUUCACCAGGCAUGAACCAAUAGGUGUCUGUGGGGCAAUUACUCCAUGGAACUUCCCUCUGCUGAUGCUCAUUUGGAAGAUGGCACCAGCUUUGUGCUGUGGGAAUACCUUAGUUAUCAAGCCAGCUGAGCAGACGCCUCUAACAGCACUUUAUCUUGGGUCUCUGAUCAAGGAGGUGGGAUUCCCUCCUGGAGUGGUCAAUAUAGUUCCAGGUUAUGGGCCUACUGCAGGGGCAGCCAUUUCUGCCCACCCUAAGAUUGACAAGAUAGCCUUCACAGGAUCCACAGAGGUUGGGAAGCUAAUUAAAGAAGCUGCCUCUAAAAGUAAUCUAAAAAGAGUAACUCUAGAGCUUGGAGGGAAAAAUCCAUGUAUUGUUUGUGCCGACGCCGACUUGGAUUUAGCAGUAGAAUGUGCCCAUCAGGGGGUGUUCUUUAAUCAAGGCCAGUGCUGCACAGCCGCUUCCAGAGUGUUUGUGGAAGAGCAGAUCUACCCUGAGUUUGUGAAGCGGAGUGUGGAGCAUGCAAAGAAGAGACUUGUUGGAGACCCAUUUGAUGCCAAAACUGAACAAGGGCCACAGAUUGAUCAGAAGCAGUUUGAUAAAAUUCUGGAGCUGAUCGAAAGUGGAAAGACAGAAGGGGCAAAGCUGGAAUGUGGUGGCUUGGCUGUAGAAGACAGAGGGCUGUUCAUAAAGCCCACCGUGUUUUCUGAUGUUACCGAUAACAUGAGAAUUGCCAGAGAAGAGAUUUUUGGACCUGUACAACCAAUCCUGAAAUUUAAAAGUAUGGAAGAGGUUAUAAAACGAGCCAAUAAUAUUGAUUAUGGACUCACAGCAGCUGUAUUCACAAAAAAUAUUGACAAAGCAUUGAAGUUGGCAUCUGCAUUGGAGUCUGGGACAGUCUGGAUCAACUGCUACAAUGCCAUCUAUGCCCAAGCUCCAUUUGGGGGCUUUAAAAUGUCAGGAAAUGGCCGAGAACUUGGGGAAUAUGCCCUGGCAGAAUACACCGAAGUGAAAACAGUCACCAUUAAACUUUCUGAGACGAGCCUUUGAGGACAAGAUACUUUUCUCAAAUCAUCUGACAUUCUGAAUGUGGUAUAUAACCUGGGGGAUACGUGUGAAUUUCUGUAGAAAAAGGAAAAUAGCACUGCUUGUCUCCAAAAAACCUUAUUUUUUGUAGAAACUCAAUCUUACUUGUGUUCGAAAGUUUAUUGUUGUAUCUCAUUAAUCAAAGGUGUGGUCAUCCAAUACCACAAAUUAUAAUUAGUAAUCAAGCUUUCCUUCCCCCACCCCCACCCCACCCCAGACGGUGUCACUGGGGUUGGUCAGAAAGCUGCUCAGGGUAUUGUAAAAGAAAAUAUAUAUGUAAGGUUGGCCAUUGCUUAAAUAGCACUUUGCUGUACCACUUCCCUUUAAAAUUUUGGAGAAUAAAUUUCCCCUAGUCCUGGAAGUGUUUCCCCACUUUAUGGACAUCUGGAUGACCACUCAAGGAACACCACUCCAAAGACCAGUCUUCCUGAAAUAUCUGACUUUUAUCUCAUUUGAAAUUAGAACCCUGAUGUUUUAAAGCAAAGUUAGACUUGGCUAUUCAGUAAUGAAGGGCUGAAUAGAGGAUAGUCAGGGAGAAUAACACCAGUGAAUAUUAGCCUUAACUCUCUAAAAUCGGUGGAAUUUAUCAGUUCCCAACUGAUUUUAUGAUUUUCUUCAUGGAAGGGGUAUAAACAUAUUACUACCUGAAAGAGCUAUUAUAGCUUUUGGCAGACAAAGUUUAGGUAACAGCUUAUAUCUGCAAAUAUAUUUCCCUUUAGACUUGGUUAAAAAUUAACAUAACCAUUUAAAUACCACUAACUCAAACCCCCAAGAGCUUGCUAUGUAUCAUGUAUGUCUUUACCAAGGCACUUUCUGAAGGAGAAUUUUGCACUGCACUCACCAUAAUGGUUCCAUUUUUAUCCUGUUAAAUCUCACACCUGAAUAUAUAAAUCGUUUUGAACUAAUCUGAGGUUUUCAUGUUACUCUUAUGACAACAGUAGAACUGUCCCUGGGAUAGUAAUAGCUCUGAAUCACAAACCACUUAAAUAAGAUUGUUUUAUACAUCUCCAAAUCCGUGCAGAGCUGUAUGUGAUUGCUCUAUAUAUGCUUUUUCCCCACUAGGAUGCUAAUUAAGUUAGGAAUAGUGUAAUAGACUAAUGAGGUUUUUAUUGACCAAGUGUCUUCGGAGUUCCAUUUUUUUUUGCUGAUCAGUUAGGAAAUGAAGCACAUAAUCGAGAGCCUCAUUGACCUUCACUACCCAGACUAUGGAGACAGAACCUCCCCACUCCCAAUUCUGUUCAUGAGUUUGCAGUUUUAUUCAUUACCUUAUUCAUCACCAUUGGAUCAAUUCUGUUUUAGAAAACUAAUCCAAAUUUUGAAAAAUACAUAAACAUUUAAAAAGUUUAUAUUCUCUAGACUCAAAAUGUCAUUACUGCCUAAAUAGUAAUUUCUAGAUUUGUAAAAUGGUGCUUUGGGUUGAAAUUUUGAUGGGAGAAAAAUUGUAAAAUUAGGCUUCCUAUUUUAAGGAAAAUCAUGUUUAAAAAUCAUGCGGCAGAAUAACUUUUGUAGGAAGCAUGCAAUAUAAAUUCAUCUUUUCCUAUCAAUUAGACUUGUGUAUUUUCUUGCUACUUUAUAAAUCAGGGUUUGAUUUUUUUUACACACUGAAGAUUCUAAAUUUUAUCUCAAAUGACUUUAGACACUAACCUUAAAAUAAUCCCUUAAAGGGUUCCUAUUCUUUCAUUGCACAGUAAUGCUUUUCAUAUGAAAUGCUACUUAAUUUGUUUAAAUAUUUAUGAAUUAGUAUACAGUUAAUGUAACCUAUUUUUUUAUAGCAAUUUCAUGGAAAUGGUAUGUUUAAAGAUCUCUUGUACAUAUAUAGAAGAGCAUCAAUGUAAUAGGUUUUCAAUUUAUAAAAGGUUUAUCUUUUUGUGGUAUGUUUAAACAACUAUAAGAAGUCUAUGAAUUCUGAUUCCUCUUCAGAAUAAGAUAAACAAUGCAACAACUCUUAAAUACCUAAUAAAUUCAGAAAAUGCA